AUGUGGCUAUACCUGGCGGCCCUCGUGGGCCUGUACUACCUGCUGCGCUGGUACCGGGAGAGGCAGGUGGUGAGCCACCUCCGAGACAAGUACGUCUUCAUCACAGGCUGCGGCUCAGGCUUUGGGAACCUGCUGGCCAGACAGCUGGACACCAGAGGCUUCCGGGUGCUGGCCGCGUGCAGGACAGAGGAGGCAGCCGAGCAGCUGAAGGCCCAGACAUCACACAGGCUGGAGACAGUGACUCUGGAUGUCACUAAGACAGAGAACAUCGCUAUAGUCACCCAGUGGGUGAAAGAGCGUGUAGAGGACAGAGGACUCUGGGGCCUGGUGAAUAACGCUGGCAUCUCCCAGCCCACUGGCCCUAACGGGUGGCUGAUGAAGCAGGACUUUGUGACCAUACUGGACGUGAACCUCCUGGGGGUGAUUGAGGUGACUCUGAACCUGCUGCUCUUAGUGAGGAAGGCCAGGGGCCACGUGAUCAAUGUCUCCAGCAUCCUGGGCUGGGUGUCACUUUUUGGUGGCGGCUAUGCUAUUUCCAAGUACGGUAUCGAGGCCUUCUCCCACUCCCUCAGGAGGGAGCUUGCCCACUUUGAGGUGAAGGUGGCUGUGAUCGAGCCUGGUCACUACAAGACGAACACGACCAACACUGAGAGAGUCCUGCAGACGGUUCAGAAGACUUGGGACCACGCCAGCCCCGAGAUCAAGGAGAUCUAUGGCCAAAAGUUUCUGGCAUCCUACCUCAGAAUAAUAUCUGAAAAACAUAUGGCCAGAUGCAACCUGAAUCUGUCUGAGGUGACGGGCUGCAUGGAGCAUGCGCUGACCGCCUGCCACCCCCGCACCCGGUACUCAGCUGGCUGGGACGCCAAGCUUUUCUACCUCCCCCUGAGCUACAUGCCCACCUUCCUGGUGGAUGCCAUGGUCACCUGGAGCCUCCCAAGGCCAGAGAAGGCCCCGUGAAACUGCGCCCGGGACACCUGUUUUAGUCGGCUUGGACACUAUGUGGGGUGAUGUGUCUUCAGGAGAGAAAUACAGUGGAGGGGGACAGCUCUCAUGUCAGCUGGUCACCUGUCCUAUCUCCUUCCUUAUAUUCUGGCCAUG